AUUACUCAACAGCUUCUGCUCCUGACAAAGAGAGUGGAUCUGAAAAUCCGAAAAAGUCCAAAGAUGGCCGAGGCUCUGUUUACACGCAUAUUUGGUAAUCAACAUGUUGACAACAGCGCGGGUUUUCCCGGAUUAAUACGUCUCCGGUGGACCCUCCCCCCAAAUGCCAUGCACAUCCUCACUCUCGGUAUUUUUGCCGCCUCAUCUUGUUGCCGCCGUCCCGUCUCUCCGCUGUUAUUUAUAUAUCUCGGUUGCAGCUAUAUUACUGGGUAGUUCUAUUCCUCCUAAAUCCACAAUUCCACUUCAGCUAGCUAUUGCAUUGCUGUAGCUCAUACGCUGCCCCAUUCCCACGCGCUGCCGCCAAGCACCACGUUGUUCGGCCGUGUUUGGCCCCGUCUCUAUUCAAUCACAUGAUAUGGAUUCCCAGGCACGCAAAAAAUUCGCAAAGCCGCCGGUGAAGCUCGCUUGCUUGUCGUGUCGGAGCUCCCGCAUAAGAUGUGACGGGAAGCAAGAUUGUUCAAAGUGCUUGGAAAAGGGGAAGGAGUGCCUAUAUACUCGAAGCAGACGAGGCGGGCCUCGGGUUUCCCUACAUGGCCGGCGCUCAAAAGGAAAGCCGCGUAUAUCUACCGCCGACAUCCUCAAGCAGGAGUCUCCCCUAUCAGUCCCGCAGCAAUUUUUAGAAGCAUCCAUCAUCUCCGACACUGGCGUUGGCCUCCGGCAGCUCGACGAAUUCUCCGGGGAAGACGUCGUGCUUUCCGACGCCCGGACCAAUGCGGGCGCGCCAUUAUAUGGCAUAGAUCAGUUGGACCAAGUGCAUGGUUUCUCUGGCAUGCAAUUCGACCCACUUGGGGACAGUGAAAGCAGUGCCUGGGAUAGCUUUAACAGUGCAUCCCUUACAAGUGGAUCCGACGAGAACUCGAGUGACGUACGAACCUAUGAGACUGAUGCUGAUAUACUAGAUGCGUAUUAUGUCUACUGCCACGCCUAUUUCCCGGCUCUGCCACCCCCAAUCCGAUCACCGGUUGAUCGGCCUGUGGCGCUUGGAAGCCUUACGGGUGGCUAUGGACCCAGUACACCGCUUUCACUCGCUCUCUCGGCAAUACUUGCUCUCAUACCUCUCCCCGACGACCCUGAUCCAAAAGGCGAGAAUUCAACUUGGAACCGCAGGAUCCAGGCCCAUAAAUUUGCGCAGGCGGCUUUUGAAGCGCUCGAUAAUGAGACUGAGCUUGUUGACUCGAUUAUCAACCCCAAGGAUGCGCUUUCCAAUGGAAGUCCGCGCACAUAUCGAGCACCCUUCCAUCAGGAUCUACCAUUGGACUUAGAAUCCAAUGUGGCGCUAAUGAUACUGAGUAUCUAUGAAUAUGGCCAACGAGGAAACAUAAAGAAGAUGCUGAAUCGCUCGGGACAGUCAUUGAUGCUAGCAUUAGAAGCGAAGCUUUACUCUCCAAUAGUAGACCAGUUUGUCGAAGCAAGGCGCCGAGUCUGGUGGGCAACUUACAUCAACGUUUGCGAGGUCGCAACUAUAAGCGGCACUGAAACAGCAAUUGAUGUCAGGGACCCAAAAUAUUCUCUGCCUUAUCCGACCCUAUCUGCAGACCCCGAGGCAAUUCCAUUCUUCGUCCAAUGCCAGUACGCGAUUUUAGAUGCGUCAAAAUAUGCCAACGACCUCAUCAGGAUUACUGAGAAUGGUGGUGACUUAUCAGUCCUGUAUAUACGCACGCUCGAUAUGGAAGCAAGGCUGGAAAGUCUCAGUCAGAUAGCAGACGCUUGGUUUGAUAAAACACCAUGCAACAUGCCGGUUACUUCCAGCGAGGCGGUUGUGGCGAAGUCUCUCCGAUUAAUGGGACGUGUUAAGAUAAAUAGUGCGCGGAUCAAAAUCCAUCGCUACCCUGCAUUUAUGAACACUCCGAUAUUUUCAAAGCUACACUGUGGACUGCAACCAACUACGCCCAAUAGAACCCCCGUCCUCGCCUCGAACAGCUCGAAUAUCGAUAUAUCUCACGAUCCCUCGAGUCAAUUACAGCCUGGGCAUCCAUCCAGCAGCCUAGCCCACGCCAGCACUGGAGGUCGCCCCCCACCCCUCCUGUCGCCACCAGGUGACUCGCAGCUGCCAUUCAGCGCCCUCUACUCCACGAACAUCGCCCGCAAAGCGGCCCUGGACAUCUCCGAAACCCUGCACGCCCUCCCUUAUCCCAACCCCUCUGGUAUGGUCGACCCCUCCGGCCUCCUGAGCACCCCGCUGAGUGCCCUGCCGCCCCGCACAAUGCCCACCUUCAUGUGCUGCGCUCUCAUGGGCGCUUAUGCUCUUACAUUGCUCAUAUACAAGCUGCGCAACGGGCAGCUGGAGUCCCCAAAUUCAGAGAUCACUCUUGCGCUCUCAGCGUAUGAGGAUGCGCUGCGCCAGGGUCUGGGGCGUAUAUUAAGCGGGCUGGAAAAUUAUGCCAGUGCUUUUGAGGCUGUAGAUGGAAUGAGAGAAGAGGUUGCUAAGGCGUUCAAGGUUUCGCUGGUUGAGUCGCUGAGCGAGCCGAAUAACCGCAUGAAUUGGGACCCCUAUUAUUCUGGAUUGAAUUAACCCGGUUUAUCUCAACGAAACGGUGUUCGUGUUUCUGGCCCAAUGCCGCCUCCAAAAGUACCGCAAAAGGAGUUGGCUGGCAUUAGUGUCAUUUUAUACUUACCAUACCGCGUGUUAGCGAGAUGAUUCAGAUUUGUAGGAAAGAGUCCAUUCCCCUCAAUGUUAUGUAUGAAGCACAUAUCGACAAAUGCGUGUGUAUCUACCCGUUUUGUGCCUAAAGGAAGAGAGAUUCGAAAAACAUAUUUUGUAGAGAAAAUUACUCUUGCCACCUGAGAAUAUAACCCUCUUUCCGAGGCGCAAUUUCUUUUGGCUUUAUCCAGAGCUAUAUACAAUGUUUGAUCGUUAUCCUUGACAAAAAAACUACCACGGAAAAUGGUUCCCCCCAUGUCCUGUAUUACCAACUUAGUUACAAGUUCCUCUGUAUAUCAUAUACAAUAUUCCACAUAUCGCUCGUUUACGCCAUGUCCAAAUCCCGAGAUCCAACCCAAUCCCCAGAUGGGACUGAGUCCGCGUAAUAAAUCCCCAGCAAACUAACAUCAGUUCUCCAACGGUGGCACCUCGUCAAGCAUGGUGUCCCAGUUCCCUUCCCCUUCCCCUUUGCUCUCUUUCAGUACCAAUAGUGAUCUGACCCCACAGUACCCGCCCCGCGUCGCUUCUCUCUUCACGUCGACGUAAUGACCCUUUUUAUCCCAAUACUCCUUUCCCUUUCCUGCCUUGGUGGAGCCGCGCUUCACCCUGCUACUUGCUGUCUCCGAGACUUGCCAAGAGCUCUCUCCGUCGAGCUCACUUCGUGUGCGGGAUGUUGUAUUCGGGACCCACUCCCUAUCAUCAACUAUAUCGCCUUCUGCCUCUGCCCUCCUAUAGUUAUAUUUUGGCAGCUUCGCAAUGCUAUUGAUGAUCGACUGGGGUCCCCUGAACAGCCUCUCAAAGCGCUGCACUAGCCAGAGAUAAUUGUAUGUGCUCGCAUCGUAUGUCACGCGCACAUAAGGAUUCACAAAGAUCCCAUCGCCGUACAUUUUGCUAACCUCUUUGGACGGAGCUUGGAACGGCGUGGCAGCCACAAUAUCAGCGUGGAUGAGACAACACUCGCUAGUAUCCCAGAAAGGUUCUGGCUCUGAGCGGAAGCGGAUCGGCAGUUGCGGAGGCUCGACAUUCCUUGAAGCCAAGUCCUUGGGCUCCUCACUCGUCGCUCUGGUCUUGGUAGUAGACGAAAGGUCGGCCUGAAGAUACCGCGCAUCGAACGCGACCAUGCCGCCCCAGCAACUCUUGACUCGGACAGCGUCGCGGCCCGCCAACACAUCCCUCCUGCUGACUGCAUUUCCUUCACCCGAGAACCAGGGGUAGAUCGGCAAUCCCAUGCUAUAACCUUCGAAAUCCCUCGUGGCGAACGUGUCGUAGUAUUUCCAGCUGUUGAUGAAGUCCAUCGCGCAUGCGGCUUUAUAUUCCGACACACCCUGAGCGUUGACGUUGGUGCCCCACAAGAUCCUCGCUGCAUCGGCUGCUGAGAAGAACACGUCGUUGAUGAACAGCACCUUGUCAAACUUCCUGUCCAGGGUAUUCAGUGGCUCCAGUGCCCUGUUCCUCACUUCUGCCAAGAAUGCGAUUCGCUUUGUCCUUUGUUUACCAUUGGAGAGCGUAAUGUGUGGGAGAGCAUCCAAGUCUAUAGGGUCGUCUUCUUCGGAUACGAGACUGUUGUCGCAGUCUAGCUUGCUCUCUAGAGUCUUGAGCGCAGCGGCCGGGCCCCCGUAUAUGGACACAUAGACCCUAUCUUUCCCAAUCAAAUCCACCAGGUCCUUGAGCGACUCGCCCCAAGCACCCGUUAUGAGGUCUGCAUCGAUGAUGUUCGCGGCAAUGUAUACGUUCCCUUCGCGAGGUAUGGUGAAUGGCGGAGGGCUUUGGUAUGAGGCGUUGAGGAUGAUCUGCCAGUUGAGGAAGGCAAAUAAUGCGAUGAUGAGGUAGACGGGCCUGAAUAGGCGCGGGGCUCUACGGAAGAGGUGGAGGGCGGUGGGACAUCGUCGACGUCGAGCCCAGUGCCUGGACUUGUAGCGCUCGGAGUCUAUGUCGUCGAAGUCUGAGAGGGGAAUGGGGUCGUAUUCUACAGCCAUGGCGACUGUGAUCGGGCGCGCUUCGCCCUCUGGGGGCUUCAGUUCAUUAGGCUGAUGAGUGUGCGGUGGCUAAACAGUGAUGCGCAAGUCCGGCGAGAUAAGAAAUCGGUUUGCGGAGGGAGAUAAUAUCGACGUUGGAGAGAAUAUUAGUGGAAUAUCUGUAGCCUGGAGCGAUUCGGACGCUGUGUGGGAAGUGGCGGGUGGCGUCUAAG